UCAUUAGAUGCUAGAACGUACGAUCCAAAUUGUAAAUAUUCUCAACAGGCCGUGUUAGGUCAAACAUAUUACGUGUUUAAUCCUGAAUAUCCUAACCGCUAUGGGCCAUCAAAGAGUUGUCGUUGGAUUGUUGAGAGUCCACCAAAUACAAUUGUGCAAAUGUACUGUGAAGAUUUUGAUGUACCAUCUACGUCAACACAAGAUUGUAGUGGGGAUGUAAUGAUUGUUUCAACAACUGGAAAAGAAGAUUUAUCCGAUGGUAAUAAAUAUUGUGGGAAAGGACAAUUUUCAAUAAAUUCCGAAACCAAUAAAAUGGUUAUUGGAUUCUUUUCAACGAAAAAUACUAAAGGUGGAAAAUUUUUGUGUACUCUGGAAGUUGUUGAGCCAACACCAACAUGUGACUGUGGUUGGCGAAAUACGCGACGUAUUGUGGGUGGUGUUGAUACUGGUGUGAAUGAAUUUCCAAUGAUGGUUGCUUUGGUGGAUUUGGAUGCAAGUUCUAUUUUUUGUGGAGGUUCAAUUAUAUCCAGAAAUUACAUAGUAACUGCUGCGCAUUGUUUAGUGAGCGCCGAGUUGAAUAACACUGGUGUUCUUGUUGGAGAUUGGGAUAUUAGUUCUGGAAGUGAUACCCCCAAGGCCAAGAUAUAUAAUUCUCAACAGUUUUUAAUACAUCCAAGCUUUAACAUUACAACUUUUGCAAAUGAUAUUGCUUUGGUCAAAACAACAACGCCAAUUGUUUUUAGUUUGGAAGUCGGACCAGCAUGUUUACCACUUUUGUAUACGACAACUAAUUUCGUAGGAACUAAUGUCAUAGAAUUAGGCUGGGGUACAUUAGGUUUCGGUUAUCCACCAAGUGAUAUCCUACAAAAAGUUGAUCUUCGAGUGAUUUCUUUAAAUACCUGCAAAGAAACUUACAGUAGAGUUCAAAAUACACAAUUUUGUACAUACGCUGAUAAUAAGGAUUCAUGUCAGGGAGAUUCAGGUGGUCCUGCUUUAUGGCAAAGGAAUAAUACAACCCGUUUGCAAUUAUUAGGUAUUAUAAGUACUGGAAAUGCAUGUGCAAUACGCAAUAUACCCGGAAUAAAUACUAGAGUUGUUUCGUAUAUUGCCUGGAUACGAAGGAAUACACCAACUGAAUCAUAUUGCGUUUUUAGGAUGCCAUUAUGUAUGCAAAUCAUACUACUAUCAUCUUUAAUAUUAGUACAAAUAAUUUCAUUGGACGCUAUAACAUAUGAUCCAGACUGUAAUUAUUAUUCACAGGCCGAAUUAAAUCAAACAUAUUAUGUGAUAAGUCCUGGAUAUCCUAAGCCCUAUGGACAAUCACGGAAAUGUCGUUGGAUAAUUGAAAGUCCGCAAAAUACAAUUGUGCAAAUGUACUGCGAAGAGUUCAAUGUAUUAUCUACGUCCACACAAUAUUGUUCUGGCGAUGUAAUGAUUGUCUCUACAGAAGGAAAAGCAGAUUUAUCCGAUGGUGAUAAAUAUUGUGGAAAGGGACAAUUUUCAAUAAAUUCUAAAAGUAAUCAAUUAGUUGUUGGAUUCUUUUCAACCGCCAAUAGUACAGGUGGAAACUUUUUGUGUACUUUGGGAGUGGUUGACCCAACACCAACAUGUGAUUGUGGCUGGCGAAAUACGCGUCGUAUUGUGGGUGGUGUUGAUACUGGUGUAAAUGAAUAUCCAAUGAUGGCUGGUUUGGUGGAUUUUGAAGAAGUCAGCGUUUUUUGUGGAAGUACAAUUAUAUCAAGAAAUUAUGUAUUAACUGCUGCACAUUGUUUAGUUAAUGCUGAGUUGAAUAAUACUGGUAUUCUUGUUGGUGAUUGGAAUCUCAAUACUGGAACUGAUACCCCAAAAUCUAAGAUAUAUAAUUCGGCAGAGUUUUUAAUACAUCGAGACUUUAAUUCACAAACUUUUGAAAAUGAUAUUGCUUUGGUCAAAACAACAAAGCCAAUUGCGUUCAGUUUAGAAGUUGGGCCAGCAUGUUUACCAAUUCUUUAUCAGACAACUAAUUUCGUAGGAACUUAUGUUACAGAAUUAGGUUGGGGAACAUUAGGCUUUGGUUAUGCGCCAAGUGACGUUUUGCAAAAAGUCGAUCUUCGAGUGAUUUCUUUAGAAGUUUGUAAACAAACUUACAGCUCAGUUCAAAAUAGACAAUUUUGUACAUACACUGAUAAUAAGGACUCAUGCCAGGGAGAUUCUGGCGGACCUGCUUUAUGGCAAAGAAAUUCUUCAAGUCGUUUGCAACUAUUGGGUAUUAUAAGUACUGGAAAUGCAUGUGCUGUACGCAAUGUGCCGGGAAUAAAUACUAAAGUUGCAUCAUAUAUUAGGUGGAUACGAACUUAUACCCCAGGUGAAUCGUAUUGUUCAAGGCCCUAAUCAAAUCAAGGACAUUAUUAAUUAUUAAUUA